AUGGGGGUCAACUGGGAAGGCAAGUUAUCGUUAGAUGCCACCUACGCCGUCAAGAAGGCCGUAUACGACCACCCCAAGUUUCUAGAAGCUGCCAGGAAAAGGUGGCCUGACAAGGAGAUAGUCAUACUCCCACGCGAGGGAAUUCAUAAGCCAAUAGAACCCAAUUUGGGAGAAGUGCCUUUCCAGGCUAGUAUCAUGCUCAACGUUAGUAACUCUUUUUUGACGAUAUGCGGGGGUAGUUUGAUACAUCCUCGAUGGAUUUUGACAGCUGCUCAUUGCUUGGAGCAGGAUGGCCGACCAUUUCCAAUAAAAAUAAUCAAUUAUAUUGUAAAAAUUUGCGGGGGUAGUUUGAUACAUCCUCGAUGGAUUUUGACAGCUGCUCAUUGCUUGGAGCAGGAUGGCCGACCAUUUCCAAUAAAUAUAAUUCAAGUGGCCUUAGGAAGCAUUUAUACCAAUGGAAAGGGUGCUCAGAGAAUAAAAGCUGAAAAAUUAGCCAUCAAUAAAGGUUACUUCGAAUCUACGAGUGGUUAUGAUAUCGGAUUGAUAAAAUUAAAAUCGAAUGCCAGAUUGAAUGCUAAUGUUAAAGUUGUCAAACUUCAUACGGAUAACAGAGAAUCUCUUAUUGGAAAACGAGCCUAUUUGACUGGAUUUGGAAUCAUCAAUGAUCAUUAUCAGCAAGCAACAAAAUUGCGAAAAGCAAUUCUCCACAUAGAUAGUGCCAAAAAAUGUUUAAUGAACUCAAAUAGCGAUUCAGAAAUAUGUUGCAGUUCGAGUAUUUCAGAAGGAAAAGCUUGUAAAGGAGACAGUGGAGGACCACUCACGAUUAUCAAAAAUGGAAAAUACAUUCAAGUUGGAAUAACAAGUCGGUUGGCCAUCCUUCCAUUAUGCAAAAUAUCGUUCAACAAUUCACAAGCAACAAGAUUGCGAAAAGCAAUUCUCCACAUAGAUAGUGCCAAAAAAUGUUUAAUGAGCUCCACUAGCGAUUCAGAAAUAUGUUGCAGUUCGAGUAUUUCAGAAGGAAAAGCUUGUAAAGGCGACAGUGGAGGACCACUCACGAUUAUCAAAAAUGGAAAAUACAUUCAAGUUGGAAUUACAAGUCGGUUGGCCAUCCUUCCAUUAUGCAAAAUAUCGUUCAACAAUUCAGUUUAUACCAGAGUUUCAUCUUAUAUUGCUUGGAUAUCCAAAGUUACUGGUAUAGAUUUCACAAAAUAUAAUCAUAUCUGA